AUGGCCAAUGGACAUGUUCCAGACCUCACUGGGGAUGCCAUUGAAGCAUCCCCUCCAGACAUCUUCAAUGCCAGCUCCGUCGCAGAAAUCAAAGCCACCCUGUCCCACCUCCACACCCAAGAAGCCUCCGUAACCGCCCGCCUCGAUGCUCUAGUAACGUCCCAGAAAGACCUGUCCAGAGAACUGGGCAGGCUGGAUCUGAUGCGCGCCAACAUCGGAUCCCACGCCAGCACAACCCGAUCCAUCAGCCAUGGCAUGCUCUCCGAAGCCGCCGGCACCGCCGACCGCAUCUCCAGCGCGGUCCGCCGCCUUGACCUCGAACAAGCCCGCGUGAAAGCUACAUUGGAGGUUGUGGAACAGGUGGCUGAGCUCAAGGCAUGUGCCCUGGGCGUCUCAGGGUCCAUGGGCGCACCCCAGGAUUGGGAGAAAGCGGCGAGCUACCUGCAUCGUGCGGCGCAGAUUCCAGACACGGUUCUGAACGGGGCUUUUGCAGCUGAGAUGGUGCCUACCGCAGACGUGCCCGACCCUCCAAGUGUGACACUAGACAAUGCGGCAGAGUCGCUGUGCGGGCUCUUUCUACGUGAAUUUGAGAAGGCAGUCAAGGAAAACGACGGCGCCAAAAUCACACGCUUCUUCAAGCUGUUUCCUCUCAUUGGACGCUCUGAGGUCGGACUCGAUCUGUACGGUCGAUAUGUUUGCCAGGGCGUGGCUGCGAAAGCUCGCGCCAACCUCAACGGCGCUACUGGCGGGGCUCAGACCAAAGAUGGUUUCUUUUAUGCCAACGCUCUUACGAAGCUGUUCGAACAUAUUGCACAGAUUAUUGACGGUCAUGGGGGACUCGUUGAACACCACUACGGCCAGCGGAAAAUGGGACCUGUUAUUGAACGGGGCAUCAUCCUUGAUACGUGGGGCGAUGAACGCCACGUCGACCGCAAAUUGAUGGACAUCAAGUCCUAUGCUUUCACAUUUUUGGUUCAGAGCUUCCUGCCUGCUCAGCGGGCAGGCCCUCCUCGCUCACAGUCGCCUGCUACGGGGCCAACUGAGGAAGAGGGUGUGGACAUGAAGGAGAUUGAUGGUAUUUUGAACGAAAUGGCCAUCAUGUUGGGCCGCUGGUCGCUCUACUGUCGAUUCUUGGCCGAUACAUGCAAUUCAUCGGAUGAUCAAGAUGAUGACAAGAGAUUCGCUCUUCCGAGCUUCCUUCAGGAGUCACCUCUGACGCACAAGAUCAACGACCGUCUGGUUUCGCCCUUCAAUGCCAUGACAACCUUCUUUUUCCGGCGCUCUGUCGAAAAGGCUUUCCAAUUAGACGAGUCCCCCUCAGGUCUAACGCUAAACAUGCAACGUCCACUAAAAGCCGACCCGCCUCACAUCACCUCAGCCGUCGACGACAUAAUGUACAUCGUCAACAAGGUCAUUCAACAAACCAUCGCCACCUCCCAGGAAGCAGUAGUGACAAACGUCGUCCCAACCAUUUCCCGCGUCCUCGGCUCGGACUUCAUAGGCAUGACCCAACGCAAGAUGCGCGACGAAUGCUACCCGCGCGCCAUCCAAGGAGGCCAACCUCCCGAGCAAACAACAAUCGCCUUCCUAGUCCAAAUCAACAACCUAGACAUAGCAGUCGACUACAUCCGCCGCAUCGUCCAAAACAACACAGGCUCCAAAACCCUCCCUGACCAACCAGGCGACCCAACACCCCACCUCCUAAACAUCUUCCCAUCCCCAACCUCCGCAGCAAACGUCUACACAACCCUGCACUCCCUCGCAACAACCUUCGAAAGCAGAAUAACCGAACUCCUCAACGACGGUAUCCAAGUUAUCUUCAAUAACGUCAUCAAGCCGCGCCUACGUCCAAUCCUCGCAGACGUCUUCCGCGACGUCGAAUACACCCCAGAGCCAACAGCCGACUUCGACGAUCGCGAGCUCGUAAAACCCCGCUUCACAACCUCAUGGAGCGAGCUCAUGACGCCGCACGCUCGAAUCUUAACCCCCACAGCCUUUGAUCGCGUUCUCGGCGUCACGGUCUCGUAUCUCUCGCGUCUGCUCGAGAAGAGGCUGUACUCGUACAAUGCGCGGAUCAACGCGCUUGGCGCGGCAAGGCUCGAGCGCGAUAUCGCGGGUCUUGUUGGCGCGGCUGUUGAAGUGGGUUAUGUGGCUGGUGCGCCGGGGCGGUAUAAGCACCGGGAAGUGUUUACUCGGGUUGUGCAAAUGACGCUGGUUAUGAGUAUGGAUGAGGAUGAGUGGGAUGAAGUGAGGAGGGGUGGAGAGGCUGCGGAGGUGGUUGAGAAGUUGAGUCGGGAGGAAUUGAUUAGGAUUCGGGGGAUGGUGAGGAGGUAA